ACUAUCUCUAACAAUAAGUCUACGAUACGACUAUCGAUGUUGCCGUUUUUGUGGAUGCCUUGGGGUGUCCAAUAGGCUGUGGGAUCGCUAUUUUGCUACUGUUGGUCUUUGCUAGGCGCAGGCACGCUAGUAUCUUUUCGUCAUCACCUCUCCCCACAUUGGCGACUGAUUCUCCCCACCAAAGAUUUUCCCCAUAUCAAUACUUUCGUAUGUAUAGUUACUGCCUGCUGCUCUCACGUCACGUCACAUCACAUCAACUCCCCGCAUCGUCGUUGCUCGUUCAGAUAUUUUUUAUAUCAUCAUAUUUUAUACAUUCGAGAUAAACGAAAAGCUUGAUGGAAGUGAAGAAGAUAAUGCCUUCUUCGAAACAGCUACUAGCCUGAUACAAAACAUACGCUGUGGUCAAAUCUGAAGCUAAGAAAGCUAGCUAAGCUCCCCACCAAACCCCAACUCCGAUUAUCUCUCUCUCUCCAAAGUCUGCCCACGAAGAGACUCCUGCCCGCCCACGACACCACCACUCCGCGCCCUCGACACUUCUCGCGUUGGCCUCGUCACAAACCCAACCAUGGCGUCCGUCCGCGAGUCGCAGAACGCCAUCGACACGCACGCCGAUGGCCGCGUUGGGGCCCAGCCGUCGGUGCGCGUGGGGAAGGCGGCGCACAAGGAGUCGAAUCCGAUGACGAACUGGGUGUAUGAUGUGUUUUUGUGGACGUUUAGUAUUCUUGUUGAUUUGUUCUUUCGGGAGGUGCAUCCGCGGGGGAGCUGGAAGGUGCCGAGGAGGGGGCCGGUUAUUUUUGUGGCGGCGCCGCAUGCGAAUCAGUUUGUUGACCCGUUGGUGCUGAUGCGGACGCUGAGAAUCGAAGCUCAUCGACGCGUUGCCUUCCUCAUUGCGGAAAAGUCGAUCAGGAGAAAAUUUAUCGGAUGGUUUUCGAGACAUGUGGGCGCUGUGCCUGUCGGAAGAGCUUUGGAUAUGGUCAAGCCGGCGACAGGAAGUAUAUACAUGCCCGAUAUCAACGAUCGUCUUCUCAUACGCGGCAAUGGCACCAAGUUCGAUGGCCCAGAGAUCCAGAUUGGUGGGCUUCUUGUCCUGCCGUCUGUGAACGGCACUGCGGCCAGCACUGAAAUUGCGGAAGUCCUGGGUCCCGAAGAGUUGAGACUCAAGAAACCAUUCAAGGGCGGUAUUGCCCUCAGCCAGCUUACUGGACGUGAAGAUGUGACUGAGGACGGAGCGUUUUCGAACCAGGAACAGAAAGGGCCGGCGGCAGAGUUUACGGGCACGAGAUACAAGACUGCUCCUAAAGUCGACCAGUCGAAGGUCUACGACGCCGUGUUUGAUCGCCUGAGCGCUGGUGGCGCUGUCGGAAUCUUCCCAGAAGGAGGAAGCCACGACAGGACCGAGCUUUUGCCCUUGAAGGCUGGUGUCGCGAUUAUGGCCCUCGGAGCUUUGGCGGCCGCACCGGAUAGUGGCUUGAAGAUCAUUCCCUGUGGCAUGAAUUAUUUCCACGCCCACAAGUUCCGCUCUCGUGCCGUUAUCGAAUUCGGUAAUCCUGUCGAAGUGCCCAAGAAGCUUGUCGAGAUGUAUAAGCAGGGCGAAAGGCGGGAAGCCGUCAGCCAGCUUUUGGAGACGGUAUACCAGUCAUUGGUGGCCGUCACUGUUACAAGCCCGGAUUACGACACUCUCAUGCUUAUCCAAGCCGCGAGGCGACUAUAUAACCCGACUGGCAAGAAAUUGCCCUUGCCUAUGGUUGUGGAGCUCAACAGACGUCUUGUUAAGGGUUACACGCACUACAAAGACGACCCUCGAACUGUCGCUCUCAAGAAAUCCGUUCUCGAGUACAACAAGCAGCUCAAAUAUCUUAAUCUGCGUGAUCAUCAAGUUGAAUAUGCGAAGCUCUCGCUCAUCAAAGUUAUAUUCCUUCUUAUCGGCCGGAUCAUCAAGCUCGCGACUCUUUCGAUCGGUGUGCUUCCAGGCCUCAUCCUCUUCGGACCAGUCUUCAUUGCAUCGAAAUUGAUCUCCAUCAAGAAAUCCCGUGAGGCGUUGGCAGCGAGCACAGUCAAGAUCCAGGCACGCGAUGUUGUUGCCACCUGGAAACUUCUCGUCUCCAUGGCCUUCGCCCCAUUGCUUUACACCUUCUACACCGUCAUCCUUGUUAUCUGGACCUACAAGACCCGAGUAAACGGCCUCGUCCCUGAAUCCCUACCUCUCUGGUGGAUCCCACCUAUCGGCUACACCGUCUUCCCCAUGAUCACCUUCGCCGCCCUCCGCUUCGGCGAAGUCGGAAUGGACAUCGUCAAGUCCCUCCGCCCCCUCUUCCUCUGCCUCAACCCCACAAGCUCCAACCCACUCUACAAACUCCAAGCCACGCGCGAACAACUCAGCCACGAAGUCACAGACCUAAUCAACACCUUCGGCCCCGAAAUGUUCCCCGACUUCGACGCCGCUCGCAUCGUCGCCGACCCCUUCCACGACGGCGCCCUAACCCCUCCCACACCCCCAAACGACUUCAGUGCCUCCCGUCGCGACUCCAACGCCUCAGGCACCACGGACGGCGCCCCCCGCAGCCCCCCAUCCGCUGCUGGCGAGCGCCCGCUGUCUGCAGGCAGCGCGGGUCUACGCGCCGAGGCGAUCAGUCGCAACGAUUCCUUCCAUAGUAUCGGGAACUAUGGGUUCUUUGCCACGCGGCCGAGUAGUAGGAGUCGAAGCCGUAGCUCGAGUGUUGGGGGUGCGUUUGGGUCGGCUGGGUUUCCGAUUAAGGCAUUUAGUACGCUGGAUGGGAAGGAGAAUUUUGAGGAGGUGACGAUGAAGAUUCGCGGGGCGAUGAAGGAGAGGGGGGAGAGGAGGAGGAGGGGGAUGAAUAGUCCGGCGGUGGAGAGUGAUGAUGAGGAGGAGGAGGAGGGGAGUAGUGAUGAGGGGAAGAAGGGGGUUUGA